AGGCUUUAUAAAUAUACCAAUAAUACAUCUCGUUUAAACGAAAUUCAAAAAGACUUUUAUGAAAAGAAUGGAUAUUUAAUAAUUAAAAAUAACUUGGAUUAUAAAUUAUUGAAGGAAGUUAGAGAAAGAUUUUUGGACAUUUGCAACAAAAGAGUAGACCCAGGCGCUAUGACAGUGAUGAAAGACCCUUCUCUCAAGAAUAAAGGCGUCCAAGGAGAAUAUUUAAUUAAUAAAAUUCAAGAUUUCUUGUAUGACGAUAUUUUAUGGAAAUACUGCAGUGAUCCAGCUGUAACAGACAUUGUUGAGGGCAUAAUUGGACCAAAUAUUACAGCGGUACAUUCGAUGUUCAUAAAUAAGCCUCCUGACGCAGAUCCCGGAGCUUCAUUACACCCUCUUCAUCAAGAUCUCCACUACUUCCCAUUCCGACCGGCCGAUAACAUAGUUGCAUCAUGGACGGCCGUGGAAAGAGUCGAUGAAAACAACGGUUGUUUAUACGUCGUUCCAGGCUCUCAUGCCGCCGGAAACCUCUACGAGCACGGCUAUCCAGAAGGCUAUAAAAAUCGACUUUACCACGGCAUCCACAACAUGGACCACUUGCCCCGCGUGAACGUCGUCAUGGAAAAAGGCGAUACCGUUUUCUUCCAUCCGUUAUUACUUCAUGGCUCCGGUCCAAAUCGCACCAAGGGCUUCAGAAAGGCCAUUUCUUGCCAUUACGCCGAUAGCAACUGUUAUUUUAUCGAUGUACAUGGGACAUCACAAGAAACUAUAGCCCAAGAAGUAGAAAAAAUGGCAGCCAAACGUGGAACGCCUCUAAAUUUUGUGGAUGUCUGGAAGUAUAAAAGCAGACUAAUAAAAGGAUCCAAUGGAAAUUUUCAAAUAUUAACCAGCCAUCUUUAAAUAUACAU